AUCAGUUUAUUUAUGUCAUUUAGAAUUUCGAGCAUAUCAAACAGUCCUUACUUAGGGAUGAGUAGUACACACGGAAAGCAACUGAAGCAUCAUCGCAGCCCGUUGCAGACUGUCAGACGCCGGGAUGGUCUCGCAAGUGAUUGAGACUGCAGAGGCCGAACUAGCAUCAGGGCAAGUGUCGCCUCUAAGGAAGGCCGUGGGCUUCAGUGAACUCCGAAAGAAACAGAUUGUCCUAGCAGGCACCAUCUUCGCCUUCAAUGGAUCUUUGGGUGCUUCGCUGCCCUCGGGAGCCUCGCCGGCAAUAGCGCAGGCAUUUCAAGUAUCUGAGAACGAUGCCCGCCUCGUGGUCUCGAAUUCGCUGUACCUCGCCGGCUUCGUGGUCGGCCCAUUGUCCUUCGGACCCCUGAGCGAAUACUUCGGGCGCCGGCCCGUCCUCAUCGCCACCUAUCUAGUUUUCACACUGUUUACCCUGGCGUGUGCACUAUCGCCGACGUUUGAAUCCCUGCUAGCCUUCCGGUUUCUCUGCGGGCUCAACGCAUCGGUCCCCAACGCCGUUCUCAGCGGGCUGUACAGCGACAUCUAUGAUGAUCCGGAGCGACGCGGCCGCGCCAUGGCCAAUUUCAUGUCGUGGCGAUGGCUGGCCCGAUGGCGGGGCCUUUGGUCUCCGGGUUCACGGGUUUGCUCUCGUGGCGUUGGGUAUUCUGGGUAGCGCUGAUGGCUGCCGGGGCUGGUGUUCCAGUCAUCAUAUUGCUGCCAGAGACAUACCUCCCCGUGAUUCUUGGGAACAACGCGAUGACGAAUGCUCUCAAGGGGCGACAGCCUACAACCUCACGGAGCACAGGCCUUUUCUGCCAGGAAGAUCUUCAGUCGGCCGUUUCGCAUGCUUGUGAGAAAGCCCAUCGUUGCCUUCACAUUCCUGUACCUUGCUGUCGUGUACGUGAUACUGUUCUUGUUCUUCCAG